AUGCCGUGGUCAUGGGACCACGGGCAGCAGAGAUUCUGUGCUCAGGGGGUGGUCGGCUCCAGCUCCGGCCGCCACGGGCUGCCGUGGUGGUGCAGCGGGUCCGGGCCCCCCAGCACCGACCGCAGCUCCGGCCUCACCCUCCCAGCCGCCGCCGUCCACGACGAUGACCACGCAGUCGACGCGGCCUUCGCUGCCGUGCCGCGCUGCUGCUCCGAGGUCCGCCGGUUCGUCGCACCAAAUCCACCGGCCAGACCUGAAGAUCAAGAGCAAAGAAAACCCUACCGCCGCCACCCGCAGCGCUCCUCCCCUAGCCCGUCCACGCCGCCGGGUAGGCCGAUCCGACGGCCCCUGCCACCCCCAUGGGCCGCGGCUCCGCCGCCGUGGCACGCGCUCCCGGACGAGUUCUGGGAGCAUGCCUUCUCCUUCCUCCCAGCGGACUUGGACCGGGGCACCGCCGCGGCCGCCUGCCACUCCUGGCUUCGCGCCGAGCGCAGCUCGCGCCGCCGCCUCGCCAUCGCCAACUGCUACGCUGCAUCCCCACAGGAUGCCGUCGAUCGGUUCCCGUCUGUACGCGCCGUCGAGGUCAAGGGAAAGUCUCACUUCGCGGACUUCGGGCUCGUGCUGCUCGGCUGGGGCGCUGCCGCCGCACCAUCGACGUCGCCCUGCCCCGCCACCCCGACGUCACCCAACCCACCCCUGCUCGCUCGCCCGCGUGCGCCACCGCCUUCUUCCCCGGCCGCGCGUAGGUCCCUGGCCGGCGCUCGACUGUGGCCGCCCCUCGAGAUCGUCCCCAGCCCGCCGUCCCGGCCGCCCCGGCCACCCCCACGCCUCGUCGUCCUCGCCCGCGCCGCUGCGCACCUCGGCAUCCUCGCCGCCCGGUCCGUGCAGCCGCCCCUCGAGGUCAUCCCCCGCCGUCGCGGCCGCCCUUGUGCCCCCACCGCCACCCGACCACGCCGCCCCCGCCGCCGCGCCCCUCGUCGUCCUCGCGCCCGGCCCGUUUCACGCAGCCCGUCUGCCCCCGCCGCCCCGACCACGUCGUCCCUGCCCCCGCCGCCGCGCACCUCGUCGUCCUCGCGCGCAGCCCGUUCCACGCAGCCCGGCUGCCCCUGCCGCUUCGAGGUCCUCCCCUGCGCCGUCGUCCCGGCCGCCCCGAACUUCGUCCUCGCCCGCGCUGCCGUCCUGGCCCGUGCUGCCGCACGCCUCGUCAUCGACCUCAUCCGAUCCGCGCUGCCGUGCCUCAUCAUCCUCGCCGGCUGCGCCCGGAAAAUAGGUAUUUGA